UAAUCAAGCAUUCCAUUCAUUGCUGCAUUGCUGCAUUUCUGAGCUUCUGCCCAUGUUAGAUUUGUCCCACACCAAAAUCAAAGAACCCAUAAACAAAUCUCUUACUAAAAAUUACGAAUUUUAGCUAACUUAUCAGUUUCAGCUCCUUUUCCGCUCUUAUUACAAACACCCCAAUGUAGAGUAGACAGUAGUAGACUAACCAACAUCCUGGUCUAAAAUCUGAAUUCUAAAUUCUGAUGGAGAAGAGGAACAACAACAACUAUGUCGCUUACUACUGCGCACUCACUGCAACACUCCUACUUCUCUCAUCAGUCUUCCUCCUCUACACACGCCUCUCCACCGACCGUCAAACAUUAUCCCACCAAAACGACGACGUUCCACAACUCGAUGAUGAAGACAUCACAACCACCCUUUUAUCUGACGAAGACAUCCUCGAUUUCGUAGGUAAACAAAACGACCCAUCUCAAAUUUCUGGUUAUUAUUUCGAUCAUGUUUCCAACGUUGUUCGUCUCGCAUUUAAUCGGCGAUCUAUCGACGAUAUCGAAAAAUGGGGUGAUUAUACGACACCGUUUCUUUCUGAUGAUGAUCAUGUUGAUGGUGAUGAUCGGAGUAAGGCCGCGUUUGGUUCAGAUGAUGUGCCUGUUGAUGAGGGAAUUAGAAGGAAAUUGGUGAAAGUGAAUGGAAUUGAAGAUGCUCUUUUGUUGAAAUUAGGGUCUAAAAUUUGGCCACUAAGAGAAGGUUGGGGAGAUUGGUUUGAUAAAAAGAGUGAUUUUUUGAGGAGAGAUAAAAUGUUUAGGUCUAAUUUUGAUGUUUUGAAUCCGGUGAAUAAUCCGCUUUUGCAAGACCCAGAUGGGUUUGGUGUUACUGGACUUACUAGAGGAGAUAAAGUUAUGCAGAAGGCAUUGAUUAUUGAGUUGGUGAAAGAUUUGGGUAAAAAGAUGGAUCAAGAAAACACCCAGAAAGUUGCAGAUUCUGUUGUAGUUAACAAGUCUGAAUCUUCAGGGUUUGUGUAUACUGGUGGUGGUGGUGGUGGUAGAAGGUGGGGGUAUUUUCCAGGACUGGAACGUCGUUUGUCGUUUUCGAAUUUUAUGGAUGUGUUUUUCAGGAAAUUUAAGUGUUCUAUGAGGGUGUUUAUGGUGUGGAAUUCACCUCCUUGGAUGUAUACUGUGAGGCAUCGAAGAGGGGUUGAGAGUGUGUUUUUUCAUCACCCGGAUGCAUGUGUUGUUGUGUUUUCUGAGACAAUUGAGCUUGAUUUCUUCAAGGAGUUUCUUAAGGAUGGUUUUAGGAUUGCUGUUGUAAUGCCGAAUUUGGAGGAAUUGCUGAAAGAUACACCUACAAGUAUAUUUGCUACUGUUUGGCAUGAUUGGAGGACUACAAGAUUUUACUCUACUCAUUACAGUGAACUUAUCCGGCUUGCAGCAUUAUACAAGUAUGGUGGUGUAUAUCUCGACUGUGAUGUUGUUGUACUCAAGCCGAUAUCUUCGUUUAGAAAUUCGGUUGGCAUGGAGGAGUUAGCCCCUCAAAGUGCUCUGAAUGGUGCUGUCAUGGCUUUCAGUAAGAAUAGUAUGUUUGUUAAGCAAUGUAUGUUGGAGUUCUUUUCGUCGUAUGAUGAUACCUUGCUGAGAUGGAAUGGUGCUGAGCUUUUAACUAGAGUGGCUGGAAAUCUGUCUACUGAAGCAAUUGAUGGUGAUAAAGAGAAGAUGUUGAAAGUGCAGCCUGCAUCGAUGUUCUUUCCUAUCAGUUCAUAUCAUAUUCAGAGAUACUUCGUCGCGCCAGUAACAGACAGUGAAAAAGCUCAUCAGGAUGCUAUGUUAGGAAAGAUCCUCAACGAGUCCUACACUUUCCAUUUCUGGAAUAGCUUAACUUCAGCUCUAGUUCCAGAACCGUAUAGCUUGGUAGCAAGAAUUUUGAACAAUUGUUGUAUUUACUGCUUGGAUUUGCUAUGAAAUUCAAGACCGUUGUUUUCCAGAAAAAGAAUAGUUGUACUGUACUAUAUGAUACUAUAAGCUCAAUACAUAGCUUGUAUAUGUGGGAUUAUUUUUGGGUAUAUUGACUCUUUUUGCGGAUAUUAAUUCAUAUUACAUGAAUUUCAUGCUG